GCUCGCCGCAGGGUGUGCGGCGGCGCCGUGGGACGCGGCGCGUGGCAGGAAGCGGAAGGGGCAGGGGGCGGCCGGGCUCAGUCCUGACGUGUCCCUACCGGGCCGCCGCCGCCGCGCUCCUCGCUCCCGUCCGGGGCCGCCAUGGGCAUAAAAUUUCUGGAAGUAAUCAAGCCCUUCUGUGUUAUCCUCCCUGAAAUCCAAAAGCCAGAACGGAAGAUUCAAUUUAAGGAAAAGGUACUAUGGACAGCUAUAACACUCUUCAUCUUCUUAGUAUGCUGUCAGAUUCCUUUAUUUGGCAUCAUGUCAUCAGACUCAGCAGAUCCCUUCUACUGGAUGAGAGUGAUUUUGGCUUCAAAUAGAGGUACGUUGAUGGAGCUGGGCAUUUCACCUAUUGUCACUUCUGGGCUCAUCAUGCAGCUCUUGGCAGGUGCCAAGAUAAUUGAAGUUGGUGACACUCCAAAGGACAGAGCUCUCUUCAAUGGAGCACAGAAGUUGUUUGGAAUGAUCAUUACCAUCGGUCAGUCUAUUGUCUAUGUAAUGACUGGGAUGUAUGGAGACCCAUCUGAGAUGGGUGCUGGUAUCUGCUUGCUUAUCACAAUUCAGCUUUUUGUUGCUGGAUUGAUAGUUUUGCUCUUGGAUGAGCUCCUACAGAAAGGAUAUGGUCUCGGAUCUGGCAUCUCCCUCUUCAUUGCUACCAAUAUCUGUGAGACUAUUGUGUGGAAGGCAUUCAGCCCCACCACUGUGAACACAGGACGAGGCAUGGAAUUUGAGGGUGCCAUCAUUGCUCUGUUCCAUCUUCUGGCUACUCGUACAGACAAAGUCAGAGCUCUCCGUGAGGCCUUUUACCGUCAGAAUCUCCCCAACCUUAUGAAUCUGAUUGCCACCAUCUUUGUGUUUGCUAUUGUAAUUUACUUCCAGGGCUUCAGAGUGGAUCUUCCCAUCAAAUCUGCUCGCUACCGUGGCCAGUACAACACCUACCCUAUCAAGUUGUUCUAUACUUCCAACAUUCCCAUUAUUCUUCAGUCUGCUCUGGUGUCAAACUUGUAUGUCAUCUCCCAGAUGCUUUCUGCACGCUUCAGUGGCAACUUACUGGUUAGCCUGCUGGGCACUUGGUCUGACACGUCAUCUGGCGGCCCUGCUCGUGCAUAUCCUGUUGGUGGACUUUGUUAUUAUUUGUCACCUCCAGAGUCCUUUUCUUCAGUGUUAGAAGACCCCGUCCAUGCAGUUGUUUAUAUUGUAUUUAUGUUGGGCUCCUGUGCUUUCUUCUCUAAAACGUGGAUCGAAGUCUCUGGCUCCUCUGCUAAAGAUGUUGCCAAACAAUUGAAAGAACAACAAAUGGUAAUGCGAGGCCACAGAGAAACUUCAAUGGUACACGAACUGAACAGGUACAUCCCUACAGCUGCUGCAUUUGGUGGUCUCUGUAUCGGCGCCCUCUCUGUGUUGGCAGACUUCCUUGGGGCAAUUGGGUCUGGAACUGGAAUCUUGCUUGCUGUCACUAUCAUUUAUCAGUACUUCGAAAUUUUUGUAAAGGAACAGAGUGAAGUUGGCAGUAUGGGAGCUCUUCUUUUCUAAACCUAGCUUCUAAUGGACCCAGGAAGGAGGGGAGAAGCACUCUCAAAAGUGUCCAGUCAGAUGGAAGGAAGUAAUGUAAACUUGAUAAUGUCAUUCUAUAGGAACACAUAUUUUAAUAAUGUUUCCAAAGCGCAUUCCCUUAUGUUCAAACUUUUCUAGCAUACUGUUUGCAUUUUAUAGAUUGCUGGGGGAAAAUGUGCAAAUUUUUUUUUAAGAAAAUUGUUUUUUAAUUAUAUAUUAAGAGAAUCAGCUUUCUGAAUUGGAUUUAGUUCAAUGACUCUUGAAUUUUUUCAUCCCCUUUGAAAAUUGGUAUACCUGAAGCCUUUGCAGGUUUUAAUAAAUAAUUGUGGAGAGGGUUGAAUGUUUGGAAAGGAUAUUUUUUUCCCCAAUUAAACAAGUUUUUGUAGCUCCUUUGCAGUAGUGGUGAGAAAUCUCUCCGCCUAAUGCUUGAGUUCCAUAAUUAUGGUUGUAAGCACAAACAGUGUUUAAUAUGUUCAGUUUUGUGGGGUCUUUUUUUGUUCAAAUAUGGCAGAUUUGGGAGGCAGUUGUUUCUUUUCACUAAACGUUAUCUCUAAUUCCAAAUGUCUUGUAAUUACUGAGCUUGACCUUGACAGAUGUUGAAUAUUGGAUUGAGAUUGUUGUCAAGGUUUGGUAAGAGAUAGGAAUGUCGUCUUUCCCAUCACCCCUCCUCUGUAAGCAGAAAACUCAGGUCAAUCGAGAUUCUGCCAGAGUCUGUGCCUAGGAGUUGCACCUUUUGAAACUUGGUAAUACCGGCAGCUUUGUAAAAACCUUUUAAUUAGUUCUCCUUGCCAUUAACUGUAGUCCUAGUUCUGAUGCUAGCUGGAAGAAAUAGAUGUUACGGCUGAUUAGGUGCAUAUCUGCUUGUACCCUUUGCUAAAGGUAAUUCUCGUCGAUUUAAAAAAAAUGGGUCUCGUAGCAAUCAGGACGUUAUCUGACCACUCAUAUCUAGUGAAUUUUGAGUCUCACUCAUAUCACACAAAGGAGUGUGAAAGAAUGUACGUAUUUGUCUCCUUUUUCUAUAGUCAUGUAGGAGGCCUUUCCAUCCUAUAAUUUCAUUGACUUGAACGGUGCAUAAAAAAUACUUCUUUAGAAGGUAUUGGGACUCCUUUUUCAGCAUCAUGCCUUCAAAAUGGCAAACUUACUAUAAAAGGCUUCAGUGGACCAGAAUAAUCCUUAAGUUUCUAUUUUUUAAUUUAGAUUGUCAGUACUAAUUAGGUGCCUAGGACCAAAUGGAAAUAUUAAUGUAUGAGUCUUGUAAAUACAAUUUUUUUCCAUCAGUAUUGGACAAUACAGAAACCAGAAUAAGUUACAAUGUUGGAAUGUUUCUCAAGGCUGCAUCAACAUGCCUUUUGUGCAUUUUUGCAUGUUGUGCUGACUGACAGUAUAUGAAUUACUUUAUCUGCUCGGAGUGAUGGGACUCGGCUGUGUACCCAAGGGGCACAGAUGACAUCCAGCAACACUUGUUAAUGCACUGAGCUCAGAUACCAAAUGCAUGAGAAUUCUGCAAAUCCAGAAUGAGACUCACUUGUAUGGAUAGGUGUAAGUCCUGGGAAAAGGAUCACAAUUGGAAAAGGAACAGAAGAAUUGAGAUAAAAAUAUCUGUGACAUGCUUACUACCAACUGUUCAUUAUUAAUUCACACUAUGUUCUCUAAUUUUCCUGUAUUUUAUAAAUACUGGCACGUCACAGCACAAUUUUGAUGUGAAGUAGGGACAGUUCAAAAGUGGCUUUAAAGGGAGAGGGAAGGAGUAUGGUGUGGUUCUUUUUUUUGGGUUGUUUUUUUUUUUCAGGACGCCCAAUGUGAUUUUUUUUUUUAUUUGUAAUAAAAAGGACUCCACUUCUGGGUAUGCAGUUCUGGCUGGGCUGGAGCUGUACUUACAUUUUUGGUCAUAUCAUCUGUUUUGAACUGGCUGCAGUUUAGACCAUCAGCUCGAGUGUCUAAGCUGCACUUGUUCUGUGCAUUUGUGUUUUUGUUGUCUUGUGCUGGAGUCUUUGUCUAUUAUCAAGCAGCUAUGUCCUCAAAGCAGGACCUGCUGAUCAUACAGUGGAUGUUCACAAAAAGAAAUAAUGCCUAAACAAUCUGCUUUAUACUGAAAUAAAGUACAUCUUUGGAGCUAA